AGUCUAUGCUACAACACAGGCAUUACUGCUGACACUUUGAGUUCCGGGAAUAUCUACGAUGAUUCCCGCUGGCCCUCGAUAGGUCACGUAAGGUCAUGCGUGAGUUUUGACGAUGAGUUCAUACAGGAAUGAAACAAAACAACAAUGAAUACAUGUAUUUAUUUGUGAAUAUCUUAGUGUUGUAAAAUAGCUUUGUUGGAGAGCGCCUUAACUUUAGAAAUAAUGAACUUUAAUAAAAAUUUACCAAAACAUGAUUUGUAAUUAGUUUACAGAUUUAGCAAGUGUUUAAGGAAUCAAGUUCAAUUGCAAUGCCAAACACACCGACAUUUCAGUAUUAUUACAAAGCUGUACGUUAACUGUGUAUGACUUCUGUUUGGUCGUUUUUAUACGUUAAUUGUUUUUUCAUCUUCACAAAAUAGACCAUGUGUGAAUAAUUCUAUACAAUUUGGUUCAUUUAGUGUAACCGUUCAGAUGUUGCAUGUGUUUAAUAUCAUAAUUUGGCACCAAAUCUCAAACGUUAUCGGCGUAUGUCCAUGAACAUUGUAUUGACCUUUUCUAAUUAUAUACAUGUAUAUGCGAUGACCUCAUUGGGGCCGAAGAAGUUGUUAGUUAUCAUGAUCAGAACAGCUGGAUAUACCAUUUUCUUCUUUUCCAUUGUCUCUGGUUGUUUACCUGGAUGGCACCCUUUCAAUAAUUCCUGCUACCAUGUAUCGAAAGAGGGUGAAUCCUGGAUGGAUGGAAUGAAAAUGUGUGAAAUGCAUGGCGGAUACCUUGUCCAUAUAGAGACGGCUGAAGAAGACAAUUUCAUAACCCAACAAAUGCGCACGUACGCUCUACACGACCUUUGGAUGGGUGGUUCUGACUGGACAAUGGAAGGAACAUGGGUUUGGGAACCAGAGGGAAGGAUUUUCCAGUACUCUAACUUUGCACAUGGUAAACCAAACAACUACCAUGGUGAAAAUUGUCUGUCCAAACAGCUGUCCAAUAAUUACCGAUGGGAUGACGACGACUGCGAUGAACAUAUGGAAUACAUAUGUGAGAAAGCAAACACAGACAUAGGAUCUCUUGUAGGAUGAGGAAUAAUCAGUUUUGUACUGUGUACCAUUCAUUUCCGGAUAACUUUGUCCACUGACUGUUGAAAUAAAGAAUACCUAUGAAUGUA